GCUCCUACUGGCCCGCUGCACCCCCCGGGGCUGGCAGCGCUGCCGCCGUCGCCGUGGGCCCCACCUGCCGAAGGCGUGGGCGGGGGCGCCCCGCCAGCAAAGCCCGGCGCGCAGGACCUGGCGGCGCUGCGGGCGUUCGGCCAGGGGUCCGAGGUGCCAGGCCCCUUCAGCCAGACGGCGGCCCUGCAGCAGCAGCAGCAGCAGCAGCAGCAGCAGCAGCAGCAGCAGCAGCAGCCACAGCCGAGCCCAGAGGUGGGCGUGCCAACGUCGGGGCUCAGCUUCCACGCGCCCCAUGCUACUGCAGACGCGGUGAAGCUAGGGCGCGAGGUCCAGAUGGUGGGCGCCACGCUGCGCGAGUUCCAGGCGCAGGCGGCCACGAACGUGUACUGGGCCUGGCACUUCUGGGAGAGAAUCGCGGCGGUGGAUGGCUCCAUGGGGCUGCAUCCUGACCUCCGUCGCGUGCUGCAGACCCACGGCUACGUGGGCGCAGGAACGAAGUCCCCGCCAGGUGGUUCGCUGCAGCAGGAGCUGGACGCGCUGCUCUCCUCCGCCACAGCGCCGCACGGCGGGGGCAUGCACGCCUCCCCUGGGUGGGCCGUGGCCCCGGUGACCCAGCAGCAGCAGGAGGACAGCCGAUGGAACCUCAGCCUCCCGCCGGACCUGCGGCGCGCGGCGCCGGAGAUCUACCGCACCAUGCGGGGCGCUGGGGCGGCCAGCGCUCGCGACUGGCUGUCGCAGGAAGUGACGGGCCAGCGACACACGGCAGUCUGGACCGACCUGUGGACUGCCGCCACCAACGUGGACUACUUGCUGGGCGGGUGCAGGACCCAGUCCGAGCUGCUCACCCGCCUGGCGUCCGACGAUGCGCUGGAGCUGCACCUGGGGCGGCUGGCGAGCUACGUCUACGAGAUGCGGACGAAGGACAAGGUGGGUGCGGCGGCCAUGUUGGCCGUGCGCCCGCCCGGGUCGGCCGCCGACUUGGCUCCCGCGUGGCUGGUGACCGAGGCCGCGACCCGCAGCAAGGCUGAGCACCAGCGCGACGAGAGGGUCCACCCUAGAAUGCCAGUGACGGGUUUGCCUGGCUCGCUGACGCGGGCCCUGCAGUGGAAGGAGGCCGAGGCCAGGUCUUUCUUUCCAGUACCUCUACCUCAUCGGCCACAGCAAGGAGCUUCCUCUUCCGGCAGGUUGAGGACGCGCUGGGCUCGGCGCAUGCGUGCGCGGCGUCGGGCCUGUGGGCUCAUCGAGCUCAUGAACGGGAUGGGCCGCGGAUCCCUGGAGGCGAGACCAGCGGGCCAGCGUGAGCCGAGCAACGACGACAUGAUGCUGGCCUGGCAGCUCGUGCAGCAGUGUGCGUUACAGGACGCAGCGCGGUACGAGCGCGACUGCCGGGGGCUUGCCCCGACAGGCGGUCAAGGGGCGGAUCUUGCCUGCGACCGAGGACCGCAGGAUGCCUACACAGGAGAGCGCAAGGGUGCGAGCAGGCAUGUGAUGAUGUGCGCCGCGGCAGUUGCAGAACCCCCCGACGACAUGGUCGUGGACCUGCUGGAGGCGCUGCCUGACGGCGAGCGCCAGUACUACUCGGACGAGCUGAACGUUCUGGACUACAGCGGCAAGUCGGGGGUCCUCUUCGAGGAGCUGGAGGAGCGUUUCGCCUUCGUGGGGGGCUCGACGUCCGAGUGCGCCCGCUACAUGAUGCGGGCCGAUUUGCCGAAGGACAUGUGGACGUUCGAGGGCCCCAACGACGUCCAGGCCUACUGCGGGUUCAGCUGUGUGCCCAAGAAGGGCCCCACCAAGCAGCGGAAGGUCCUGAUGAUGUGUGCCAGCAACUACGUGUGGGCCGACCCCCACCAGCGCGGAGACCACGGGAUGCACGGCGGAGCGGCCAUCGCCUCCAUGUGCGCCCCGACGGACGAGUGGGGCGUAGCAGCGUUCGACGAGGACAACGCCUUCACCCGCCUCCGCGUCCCCGCUUGGAUGGCCAAGUGGCAGGCUUGCCCGCCGAUCCGCGCCUGCUGGGCGCGGGGGGAACUCAGCCAGCGCUUGCGCGACUUGGUGGGGCCGACGGGCUGGAUAGCCCCCUGCUACCACCGCCUGGCCAUGGGCGGCUCGCGCUCCGUGCGCCUGCUCAUGACGGUCAACAUGGCGAUAAUCGGCAGGGCGCUGCUGGGCGUGGGCGCUCGCUUGGGGGCGCUCGCGGGCGCCGCGGAGCCCGCCGAGGGCGGGGCCAGCGGUGCGCCGCGCGCCUCGCCGCCCGAGGACGGGGGGCUGGAGGCGGACGACCUGGGGGAUGCCGGACCUGAGGACGCUCAGCAGCAUCGCUACGACGACGACUGGCUCGGGCAGCAGUCCAGCUGCCGUGCCGCGCCGCCUAGCCCGUCGGGCUACAGCGUGGCGGAGUGGCUAGAGGCG